AUGGCGCUAGAGAGGUUAGAGGCUAAUGCGGAGGAUGCCAUUCCCACUUGCAGUUACUCCCUUACACAGGGUCCUGAGAAACAGCAGGACAAUGGGACAUGGCUGGUGACAGAGUUUGUGCUGGUGGGAUUCUCCAACCUCCCAGAACUGAGGCCCACUCUCUUCAUCUUGUUCCUCCUCACCUACCUGGUCACGCUCAGUGGCAACGCCACCAUCAUCACCAUCAUUCAGGUGGACCGCACUCUCCAUACUCCCAUGUACCGAUUCCUGGCCGUGCUCUCCCUCUCUGAGACCUGCUACACACUGGUCACCAUCCCCAAUAUGCUGGCUCAUCUGCUGAUGGAGAGCCAGGCCGUCUCCAUCGCGGGCUGCCGGGCCCAGACGUUCUUCUUCCUAGGCUUGGGUUGCAGCCACUGCUUCCUCCUCACCCUGAUGGGUUAUGACAGGUAUGUGGCCAUCUGCCACCCCUUGCGCUACUCUGUGAUCAUGAGGCCCACCGUCUGCCUGUGUUUGGGAGCCUUGGUUUUCUGCUCUGGCUUCUCAGUGGCCUUGAUCGAGACCUGCAUGAUCUUCUCCUCGCCCUUCUGUGGCGCAGGCCUUGUGGAGCACUUCUUCUGUGACAUCGCGCCCGUGCUCAAGCUCAGCUGUAUUUCCCAACUAUUUUCUUCCCUUUCUAUUUCCAAGUCUCUUUGUCAUUGUUAUUGUUGA